GUCUGACUGACAGACUACAGUUCAAACUGGACAAAACAAAACUGAGUUCAGCUGCUCCUUUCUGAACCAUCAGGAAAAGGAACGAUUGUAAGAAGCAAGAUCGACCGGUUUGAAGAUCGGUUCUUAGGAAACCGGAACAAGUUCGGUUCUAGAGGCACCAUGAAAAGUCUGGACAAGUUCUUGUUUUUGUGCUGCUUCUACAGCCUGAGCACAUUAGGAGUAACGAUGGGGUUUUUGACGUGGCGCUGCACGUCCAUGUCCAGGUCUAUAGUAACGGCAGAGUAACGUGGACGCCCCCUGCUCUAUACUGCAGUUCUUGUGGAGUCAAGGUGACAUACUUCCCAUUUGACUGGCAGAACUGCAGCAUGCAGUUCCGCUCCUACACCUACGACUCGACAGAGAUCGACCUGCAGUACGCUCUGGACUCGAGAGGAAAAGAAAUUCGGGAGAUCCAGCUGGAUGAGGCCUUCAGUGAGAGCGGAGAGUGGUACAUCAGACAUAAACCAAGCAGGAAGAACAUGAACGAUGACAUGUACGAAGAAAUGACCUUCUACCUGAUCAUUGAGAGGAAACCUCUGUACUACAUCAUCAACAUAAUCAUCCCCUGCAUCCUCAUCACGAUCAUCGCCAUCUUUAACUUCUACCUGCCUCCUGACGCUGGUGAGAAGAUGGGUCUGUCCAUCAACGUACUGCUCACCCUCACUGUGUUCCUGCUGCUGCUGGCUGAUAAAAUCCCAGAGACCUCGUUGGGCGUCCCGAUCAUUGUCAACUACAUCAUGUUCACCAUGAUCCUGGUCACCUUCUCUGUUAUCCUGAGCGUGGUCGUCCUCAACCUGCACCACCGCUCGUCCAAUACCCACACGAUGCCCAUGUGGGUACGCAAGAUCUUCAUCCACAUGCUGCCGCCGUACCUGGGCAUGCUGCGGCCUAAGGUGGAAACCCCGCUGUCCCUGGAGGUCAUGCCCCGCCGAGAGAAAAAGAUCAUCACCAUCAGCAAAGUGGCAGACGAGUACUUCAUCCGAAAACCCGACUUGUCCAUCUUGUUCCCGAAGCCCAACAGAUUCCAGCCCGAGGGCCUCUGCACAGAUCUGAGGAAGUUCAUCGACGGUCCGAGCUCGUACCUCACGCUGCCUGACGAGCUGAAGUCGGCCAUCGAUGCCAUCACGUAUAUCGCCGAGGCGCUGCAGGCUGAGAAAGACGAUGGAGCCCUGAAGGAGGACUGGCAGUAUGUAGCCAUGGUAGUGGACCGGAUGUUCCUCUGGAUCUUCGUGGUCUUCACCACUGUGGGAACCCUGGCCAUCUUUGCCGACGCCAGUUUCAACCACACGCCCACCGACCCGUUUAAAGGGUCCUGAAGAACAGUUGGAUUUCUUGUGAGCUUCUUUAAUAAACAC